UAUGGCAUUGCUUAGUCGCGAUGACAGAAAACUUGCAGAUCCUUUAUCCGGGGAUGGGGUCGAUCCCUCUAGAAAGAGCUCCCAGCCCUCUGAAGCUCCACUCGUGUUACACUGUUAUUUGCUGCGAUCCGGGUCGCCUAGUAAAUUACAGAAAUCAAGACUCGAGGUUUCUUUUCCUCCACCUAGUCUUGCUCACUCACCCUCAGAAAUGUUAUUUAUUUUUUUAAAAUUAUUUGGGGGUUAUUGGAUGAAACUUAACUGAGCUCAAACUCAAGUCCUGUAAUUUACAAGGACCCUUGAAUUCAAGAAUCUGGAACACGUUUAUGUGUGAAAUAUCCGCGAUCAUUUCUGCUAAAUGAGGAAGGUAAAACGAAACGAUGCAAAAGCUAAGACACAACAUGUACGACAGGGAGGGGGGAGGGAGAGACAGAGAGAAGCUAUUUUUUGCUUUCCUUUCUGUAGAAAGGAAAAUAAAGCGUGCAAUCCCUUCUUUCCCAGUGUGUAGGGUCUAGUCAAUAUUUUAACUGUCGGAGGACAAAUUAGUCCAGGUGGAUCUUGUUGAAAAGUUUCGCGAGGUGGGGUGGAGGUGGCGGGGACCGAGAGGGAGGUGGGUGGAGGUUGUGGGGGAUGGGGACAGAGCGAGCUCUGCCUCGGCUAAUGGUCAUUGGCCUGGGGCUUUGAAACCAUUGCCUGUCCUGCUAAUGACACGUCCAGUUCUCGUCUCCCCGCCACGGACGCCGGGCUGCUGUUCCCGGGGUUGGCGGACGGGGACCAGGGUACUUUCCCCGCGCGGAGAGGGGCGCUCUUCGCCAUCCCCAGGGGCUGCCCACUCGCGGCGUGGGGCCUCCCCACGCGCGCCUUCUCUGCUGCGCGCCGCCGCCACCUCUGCUUGCUUGACUUUCGUAGCCAGGCGGCGGUCUGGGGUGCAGGGGUCCCCGGCGCGGACGUCCCCGCGAGGCCACCCGGCGCCUAGCCCCACGCGUGCCGCGCCGCGCCGCACGGUCCGACCCCGGAAUGGUAGCGCCGGGCCGGGCGGCGGCGGUGUCUCCCUUGGGGGGCAGCGGAGGUUGAGGCAGUGGCGGCGGGAUCUUCGCCGGGCCCGCGGGAGGAGUGGAGGAGGAGGAGGAGAAGGAACAGGAGGAGGAGGAACAGGAGAAGGAGGAGGGGAAGGAGGAGGAAGAGGAGGGAGGGAGGCGUUUUCUGCCCAGACCGCCGCCAGUUCGGGCGGGCACCGGCACGGGGACACCCCACUCGUUGCUCCUCCGUUGUGGAAAGGUCACUAUCAUAUGACAGAGGCUUUGCUGCAGGUCAUCUUCCUCCCUGUGUACUGCCAUUUACCUUCCUGGUUUCAUUUGGCAGAAAAUAACCUGUGCCCUGUAAUUCAGAGCUGCUUGGUGUCCUCGUCCGACAGAGUGCUGUCCUGGGAAUUCACAAGGGAGAAACCAUCGUUCAGUCCUGAGCUCCCAGAGUUGGAGGUUCCAGGAGCACGGGCGCUGUGUGGCUGCGUUUUCCGUCUGUGUGUGUGUGGUAGAGAGCAGAGGCGGCUCCGGCCGGGAGCAGGUCCUUACCCUGUCAGACUCCAUCUGCAGGAAGGAGGGGGAAGCACAGCACCGCCGGCGGCGAGGGAGACGCUUGCCGGCCCCCUGAAGAGGCUGCUCCGAGAAUCCUGCUGCAUCACAGAGGCUGGAGGUUCUGAUAUUCCAUUGAAACACAAUGGAAAGUCUUGACUUGACUGGCACCCACAGGAAGAUCCCAAGCCUCUAGCAGUACCUCGUAUCAUCUCCAGCAUGUUGUAGAUGUGGAGGAUUCACUGGGAUAUUGAGAAAUACCAGAGGCGAAUUGUUCCACUGUA